AGAACGUUAUUGUCUUUCUACAAAUAAAAAUAUAAUAAAAUAUAUAUGGAUGACAGAGCAAACGUACGGGCUUUAGCUGUUGAUAAACUACGCAGAGCAGCUUCUCUACCACGUAGAGGUACAAGCAUAUCUAAGAACACUCACAACCAACCUUCAGUACAACAACGAGAGCAGUCUCUGAGCGAAAGCACUCAAGAUCAAGAAUCCACUCAACUCACUCAUCCCACUCAUCCCACUCAUCCCACUCAGCCCACUCAACCCAUCCAAGAUAGACCUUCUUCACCCGCUUCUACAACAGUAUACGAACCUGUAGAGGAAUACCACGAUUCAGAUUACGACAGCGAAGGUAACAACCUACUUAAAGACACUAGAGAAACCGGUCAGCAAGUUCAAGUACGACAUGGAAACGACACAGUCACCUUCUCUAUAAUGGAGAAUACACCGAGAACUCAACUCGAGCGUUUAAGCCGUCAGGAGAGGGCUUUGUUAACUUUAUCACAAUUACAACAUCAAUUAUUGUCUAAACAUGGGAAUUCCCUUCUAAAUAGAUCAAACUCCGCUACUGCGAGAGUUAACGCUUUCAAUAAGCUAGUAGGCACUGGUCAACUUAACAACCUUCUCAAUCAACGUCCUCCCUCGAGAUUAUUACGCUCAAAUACAGUCACUGGUGCAGUAGGUGGCAGAGGUUCACGGGAUGAUGCACGCCAAGCAGCUAGAGCUAAUAUGCUUAAGAGACUUGGUAGUAGAAGGGAACUCAAGAAUGAUCCGCCAACACAAAUCAAAAGACGGAGCUCAUUGGGUGAUAUAUCUAAAUUUGAUAGCAUACUAAAUACUCAACCACAAAUUUUGGAUACUAAUUUGUUAUUAGUACCACCAACUCCUGGUAGAGCUAGAAAAUCAAGUUUAGAAUCAAAUAAUUCAUUUGGUACACCAUCAUCAGCUGAAAAUGGUGAUAAAUUUGAGUAUGAAAGGAUGUUAAACACUUCUACUCGUUCAAUUGAUAUAAAUUCAUCUCAUUCUGAAGUCGAAAGUGAUGAUGAUAAUGAAAGUAUUAUCUAUGAGGAAGUUAUUGAAGAUAAUGAUGCGCUUUCUAGCAAAGAAGCUAACAGACGUAGAAGACAAGUUCAUUUCACACCUUCUGCAUAUAUAGAUGAGUUGCGUAAGACUCUUGGACCGGAUAGAUUGGCACAGUUACUCGGACCACAAUUUGUGGAUGAAUUUGGAAUAAAUACCAAUGAAGAAGAAAAUAAGGAAGAAAUUCUAAAUACUAAUGAUUUGGAUUUAGUUGUCGAUAAUCAAAUCGAUGAAGAUAUACCAUUAACUGAACAAAUUGAUAUUAGAGAAUCGAACUAUCUUGCUACUAGUAACAGAAAGACACGAGAGUCAAUGUUUAAACCACAACCUCAAAUACAUAUGGCUACGUACUCAACUGAGAAUGCAGGAUCACAGGCUCAGUUGGCUAGAUCGAUGACGACACUAGCUAAAACUAACAAUACGGAGCAAACUGGGAAGCACAAGAAAAUUAAAUCACAAAGGUCAUUUGGAUCGUUUAGAUUAUUAAAGAAUAAACCGUCUAUACAAUCGAACAAGGAGUUCUAUGAUAGUGAUCCAAAGUUAUCACCUUUCCCAGCUCUAAGGUUCCAAGAUAAUGGCAAUCAACAAGGCGUUGAUCAAGAGCCUAUUAAAGAGUUGAGAAAAGAGGCUAGCCCACGUCGCAGCGGAUCAAAGCUAGAAAGGAAGACGUCCAAGAUGGGACAGAAGCUGAAGAGGUUAUUCUCUGUGAGGAGAGAGUAA